CUCAACAGUCGUCCGAAGGAGGGGGGUGAAAACACAUGAUAAUUGUGUUACAGUAUGAAAGGUCCCACCCGACACACAGGAGCAGCAGCUCUGGUGUUUUUCUCGCUUGUCUGAAUGAAAUGACAGCGGAAUUCGUCUGAUAGCAGAGGAACUGCGUCUCUAGCUGUCCGAGAGAGCAGGUCGGGUCGUCAGAGGAAUCAUUUCACUCAGAUGGGUCAGGCACUGUGGAGGCUGCCUCCCAGACAACAGCAGCAGCUUCAAGAAGAGCUUGCAGACCACCUGGCUGACCGAGGGGAGGGAGUUCGACGAGAGCAUGGGAGGGAUGGAGGUCCUCACAGGAGAGCCCCUCCUCAACCUUGUUACGGCCCUGACAUCUACCACCUGCUGAGAGCACGCAUGGGAGGUAGAGAACAGCAUGGCUUCAUAGAUCUGGAGAUGCUCCCUCCUGAAUUAGGCAUCACCAUCCUGUCGUACCUGAACGCCACUGACCUCUGCCUAGCUGGCUGCGUGUGGCAGGACCUCGGGAACGACGAGUAUCUGUGGCAGGGGCUGUGUAAGUCCACGUGGGGUCACUGCUCCAUCUACAACAGAAGACUCCCUGCUGGUUUCUCAUACAGGAGACUUUACCUGCAGCUGGAUGAAGGCAGCCUGACGUUUAACGCCAACCCACAGGAGGGUAUCGGUUACUUCAUGUCUAAAGGUAUCCUGGUCGAUCAUCCCAAGGAGCUGGCCAAGUUUAUUUUCUACACCAGACGGCUCAACUGGAAGAUGCUGAGGAUUUAUCUGGACGAGAGGAGGGAUGUCCUGGAUGAGUUGGUGACCCUCCAUAACUUCAGUAACCAGUUUCUCCCAAAUGCUCUGCGGGAUUUCUUCAGACACAUACACGCCCCCGAGGAGAGAGGGGAGUACCUGGAGACGCUCAUCACCAAGUUCAGCCACAGGUUCUGUGCCUGCAACCCUGUACUGGUCCGGGACCUUGGCCUUAGCCCUGACGCCGUGUACGUGCUAUGCUACAGCCUCAUCCUGCUGUCCAUUGACCUGACCAGCCCUCAUGUCAAGAACAAAAUGUCUAAGAGGGAGUUCAUCAGGAACACUCGGCGAGCGGCACACAAUGUGUCUGAUGACUUUGUGGGCCACCUCUAUGACAACAUUUACCUGAUUGGACAUGUGGCGGCGUAGCUCCGCCUGCCAUCUGAAACCCUGACACUGCACUGAAGAAGAAGAGGACGAGGAGGAGGUUUUGGACAAUGUGGAACAGUUUUCAAGAAAUAAUACAAGAAAUAGAUUUUAUUAGAAAGAGUAGAAAAUUAAGUUCACCUCUGCACUGUGACACAAACUGUGAUGUUGCCUGUACACCGAAGAUGUGACACAUCUUUAAAACCAAGUCAUUGCAAAGAAGGAGGUUUUAAAGUGCAAACAUGAAGACAAGCUCUGAUUCUGCACUGACGGAUGAGUACUACUGAAAAAGGAGGAAGGGGAAGGGGCACUCACGCUGGGUUCUGAUUGGACAGCUUCACGCUCACCUGUAGGACAAACACUGGGGAAUACAUGAAGAAGAAACUGAAGAUGCUGAAAUAAUCACUCACCUGUGUGGCUCAAGACAGAGGAGCACUGGAGCUUCACUUUAUAGAAGAACAUAUUUUUUUCUGUUGCUCAUUCCAGAAUUUUCUGUCUUUUUCUUUUAGAGUAAACAAACAAAACACCUUUUACAUUCUCUAGACGUUUACUAUGGGGUUUGAUUUAAAGGCACCAAACUCUCCUCCCUGCACUAAAACAUUAAACAAGUUCCACCUUAUGAAUGUCACCUGUGCAUUAAGUUUGAUCAUAGUUUAAUCUACCCCCUGAAGUUAAAUGUGAUCACUUUCAUACUCAAAAUACCCUAACCUCUGCAAACUGCACUUUCUUAUACCUUUUUUACACCUUUGGCUGGCGUUUCUGCAGACAUGGCUGUAAUAAUUUUUAAAAAGGGUGGAAACGGUGGAAAAGUGGGCUGGUAUGUACAUAAGAUUAUAAAAGCCAGACGUAAGGAAAAUAAAGUCAGACAAUUUUACUUUAUUCCUAAAUUAAAACAUUUUAUAGCCUUCAGUGAUUCAUUUAACUUAUAACAAGCACUACAACUGAAAGUCUGAUUUAUUUUGGGACAAGUCCACUUUUUUAUAUUUCUUUGCUAUUCUGAAAAAUUAAACUGAAGUCUUAAAUCUUGACUAUAUUCUUUCCUUUUUUCUCCACACGUUUAUUCUUUAAGUGAAGGCUUUACUCUCAGCACCUUACUCUCAAUACUUUUACUUUAUUUUGACACACCUGUUCCAUUCUCAGCAUGUCAACACUAUAUUUGAUGUGUCACAUCAACUCUCAAAGACUUUUUUCUCUCUAAAAAAGUGAUGCAACUCUAUAUUUCUAAUUUACUUCAUGCAUUUGGAUUCUAUUUUUGACGUGACAUUUAUUUUUUAUAAAAACUGUUGUUGACUUUUCUCCAUAUUAUGGCUAUAACCUUGAAAUCUUGACCAUAUUCGAAAUGUUUAAUAUUGUCACUCAAAAUUGUGGCUUUUUUUUGACAUGCCAAUUUAUUCUUAAAGUUUUGAUUUCAGUUUUCAGAACUUCAAAUUACAUUUUGUCAGAAUUCAGUGUUGAUUUCAACAUAUCAACUUUUUCUUCACAUUACGACUUAAAUUCAGAAAUUUGGACUCCCACCUGACUUUGUGACUAAAGUCUUCAAGUUUGGACAUUUUGAUUCAAACUUGGAAUCUGGAAUAUAUUCCUGACUCUUCUUAUUCAUUAUUAACAUUUCAAUACUAUUCUGGCCUUUCCACUGUGCUCCUUUUCAUCACGUUGGACUCUCGACACUUUGAUUGUAUUCCUAAUAUAGACUGUAUCUCCACACCCCCCUUUUAAUUAAUCUCAAAUAUUACAAUCCAUCUUAUCUUUUAAACAUCCCAACCUUACUGUGGAUAUUUUCACCUUGUUUUUAAAUUAUACACACUGAUUUGAAAUAUUGAUUUUGUAUUAACUUCAUUCUAAACAUCUCAACCUUGUUUUUGACAUUUGGAUUUAAUACUGGGUACGACAUUUUUUAUUCCCAACAUUUCUCAAAAAUGUGUCAUUUUUCCCAAACAAGGUUAUGCAACUCAAUAUUGUGUAUUCUCUGCAUUUGGACUAUAUUUAUUACUCAUUUUUACUCUUGUGACAUUGUGAAUAAAUUCACAGUAUUUCCUUUUUAUUUUUAAUUUUGACUUUCCCUCAACGUGUUCACUUGUCCUGAGAUUUCUGCAAUAUUCAUUUAUUUUGAAGUAAAUCUUGAAAUGCAUAAAUUAGAGAAUGUACUUCUGAACUUGUCUUCUUAUGUCUGGUCCUGAUAAUCUUUUGCAAUUGUAACUGAACAGCAUAAUUCAUCAAUUUAAAUCAGACACUUGAUAGUUUUCUACAUAUUGUUAUAUUUACAGUGUAAAGAAUGUAUUUAUAACAAAACAGCCACUUCAGCUGCAAUUCCUUCAGUCUUGUUGGAAUCAGAAGAGAUGAAUUUGAUACUGAGCUGUUUGUAAUGGAGUGGAAAAACAUUGGAGAAUAGGGUUUGCAGUUGGACACACCUGUUACUGAAACCUCCACAGGUGUGACAGUAGUCUAGUUGUGUCCAUGUCAAACCUGAGAAGAGUAUAAGUCAGGACAAAUUGAAAAGAAUUCAAUUUUCAGCCCAUGUUAACAAAGACACUUAGUGCUCAUAGCUCCACCACCCCCGUCCCAGCAGCUAGCAUGUAGCAGCAGCUAACAGUGUGGUGUCUCUGAAUGUAACCAACAGACAGGAGAAGAAGUUUUCCAUUUAACCUUUGUUUUAAUAAGUUAAAGGGGGUUAUAUCAUAACGCAAAUACCUGCAAUACUGACAUUAAUUUAUUUCUUGAUUGUUUUCUAUCUAUUGUUUUCUUUAAAUCCUGUUUAUAGAUUAUUUCAUUUUAUGACGCCUCUUCCUUAUGAAGUCUGAUCAUUAGUUUUAUUGAUUCUUGCGAAUGAUGCACACUGAUGUUUUUUUAUUAUUAUGAAGGACUUCCUUUUCAUGUAGAGUGGUUUUUAUGUGGGCACUAUUAAACUUUAUGACUGGCAAUAUGUUGCUGAGAAAAUGUUGAACUUGUUAGAGUCUUGAAACCUGGACUUGAUUGACUCACAUGUUUUGACCACUUGCAGUUUUACAGUUUGAUGUAUUAAAAGAUAGAAAUCACA